AACCAAUGAACUUUCUCACCUCUUCAACCUACAUACCAUGCACCAGGGUGUGCAAUCGCUUCUAUACUGAUUUGUAUGAAUUGUAUUCGUUUAGCCUUAAAACCCCUCGAGGAAAGCUUAUUUUCUUCGGAAAAAAUCCUUUGCUAAGAGGAAAUAUAACAGAGAACGUUGAUGAAAGCGCGAAAGAGCAACUGAAACAGGCAAGGUAAUCGUUGAUGAAAGCGCGAAAGAGCAACUAAAACAGGCAAGAUGGAGGUUAAAGAGAAGGAACGCUACAACUAUGACCCAAAAUUGCAAUGGGACCCACAAGUCACAGAUUAUUUUAACAAAAUUUACGGCCAAUCCCACUUCGAUCGCAUUUCUCACAGUUUGAUGAGGCCAUCAUUAUACUCUUGCAUUCGGAUGAAUGUUCUUAAAACAAAAUGCGAGGAAAUUCUUCAUAAGUUGUCAUCGCUUCUGCAUGAGACUGGAUUUAGCGAAGAUGAUGAAAUGAAAUCUCUUCAUCGAAAAGUAACUGCAGAUUCAGGCAAAUCUAAUGACUCAAGAAUGAUGCAAAAGCCCCAUGGCAUCUUUCAAUGCUUAAAUGCAAAAGAAAAUAUGCAGCUCAAUUUGGAGGCUUCUGGAUCAGCCACCAUUAGCUCCCUCAGUGGAGUGUCAGUAUUAGAAUGUCCCCAUGACAAAGUAGAUGAUGAAGAUCUAUUGUGUUGCAAACUACCAGGCAUGGAAUAUGUUGUCAUUGUUCAUGGUUCUGGGCCAUUCAAAAUAAAGUAUGAUGUUGAAUGCAGUAAACCAAUUAAAGAAGUGAUUGUAAGUCGCAAAUGUGCCGAAGCUGUGUUGCGCGGUGCUGAUGUAUUUGUUCCUGGUGUUCUGGCCUGUAGUGCACAUGUUGAGAAGGGUGAUACUGUGGCAGUUUCUGUUGCUGUAGAAUGUCACGAUCCUGUUGUUGGUUGGGCAGUUAAUAUUACACGUGGGACUAUACUUUCAGGAGAAGAGGGAGAUGCUUACUAUAGUGAAAGAAGUGGAUUCUACAUUGGAAAAGGAACAGCACUAAUGUCAAGGACAGGAAUUUUUCGAGAGACAAAAGGAAUUGCAAUUAAGAUGGUGGAUAAGAUAUAUAGGCAUCCUCCAUUCCAUGGAGUGCUCAAGGGAGAAAUAUUUCUUCAAAAUUUGCCAAGCAUAAUUGCUGCUCAUGUUUUGGAUGCAAAGCCAGGUGAGAAAAUAUUGGAUAUGUGCGCUGCUCCUGGUGGAAAAACAACUGCAAUUGCAAUGCUUAUGGAGGAUAAAGGAGAACUUAUUGCAAUUGAUCGUUCACACAAUAAGGUGGUAAAUAUUCAAAAUCUAGCAGAAGAGAUGGGUUUAACAUGUGUGCAUGCAUAUAAACUCGAUGCCUUAAAAUCUGUCAAAACAGUUGAUUCAUCUGAUGCAGUAAGCUCCUUAUCUUCAUCGUUGGCAUGCAAGCAAACUGAAGACACUAUUUUGGAAGAGCAGUCCACCUGUACUACUGGUGCAGAAGAUGAUAACUUAUCAAAUCAUUUGCAAGUUGUUUCAAAGAAUUUGGAAGACAGAACAAAUGGCUUCAAGAACUCAAGUCUAGAACGAUAUAUAAGCAAAGCAAAGGAAAGGAAAGCUGCAAGGAAAAUGAAGAAUGGACCAGGUAGGGGCCAAGAAUUGGGUGGUAGGGCUCAACAAUCUAGAGGUUUUGAGAUCAAUAGUUUUGAUCGCAUUCUUCUUGAUGCUCCUUGCUCUGCUUUAGGUUUAAGACCACGUCUAUUUGCUGGAGAGGAAACUCUAGAAACCUUGAGAAUGCAUAGCAUAUAUCAGAAAAGGAUGUUUGACCAAGCUGUUCAACUUGUUCGACCUGGAGGAAUAAUUGUUUAUUCAACAUGCACAAUAAAUCCCGGGGAAAAUGAAGCUUUAGUUCGAUAUGCUCUAGAUAAAUACAAAUUCCUUGCAUUAGAACCACAGUACCCUAAAAUUGGAGGUCCAGGACUUGUUGGAGGACUUGAUGUAUUUAAUGGUCGUUCUUAUAAGGAGUGGCUUAGAGAAGGGGAGCAAGAUUUAGUACAAAGAUUCGACCCUUCCAAUAGUUUGGAUACAAUUGGCUUCUUCAUUGCAAAGUUCAAGGUUAAGGAGAAGAAUAGUAAUUAAUGACAUUUUUUCUUUUUUAAUAUAAUCAAUUUUUGUAGAGGAUAAUCUAUAUCACAUGAAAACCAUUUUGAGAAACUCAAUAUUGUUCAACUGACUAUUAAAGAUAUGUUUUUAUUUUUAUGCAUAAUAUAAAUUAGAAUAUUUAUAUGUUCA